AUGGACAAAAUAUGGUGGUUUGCGAUUCACGUGGUGGCAAUUUUAGGCCAGCUUGCUUUGGGCAUAGUGGGUGUCAUUGAGUACACGAGAUAUACCACUUCGGCGGAUGCCACUACUGGAUAUCUUUCUGGCCAAAUUAGUUUCUCCGAAGAAACAAGCAACUUCUCUAUUCUUAUAGCUCCUACUGUCUUGGGGUUUGUCGGCACGGUCUUCACCCUUGUUAUCUUCGUUUUUCUUCAAAGGGCCGAUCGAGCCAGCGGGCAAGCAGCCCAUUUUAACAGGAAUGCCACAACGUUGAUCGGAGGUAUUCUCGAGGUUGCUUUCGUUAUUGGCGACAUCGCCGUCGCUGCCACACUAGGCACCCACCACGGAGAUCCGUUCGUAUCGUCGUGUGCCGCUUCUGCUGUUGCCGCCGCGCUACUAGCAUUCGCAGUCGCCUUCGAUUUGAUCAAGCUAUAUACACUCGACCGAGCAGACGCCAAGCAAGAUAGGGAAAUGUACGAAUUCCAGAGAGUUUAG